ACUCUCUUCCUUUUCCCUCGCUCGCUCCCUCUCUCUGCACAUCGUCCCGACACACUGCUUCCUGCUCCGAUCCGUCCUCCAUCGUCCCCUGCUCCUCGAUCGCAGCUUUCUCCCCGGCCGGCCAUGGCUUUCCAGUGCCCCGUCAACUCCCCCUUCGACUGCCUCCUCCUAGACCUCGACGACACGCUGUACCCGGGCGGCACCGGCAUUGGGCCGGCGCUGAAGCGCAACAUCGACGAGUUCCUCGUCGCCAGGUUCGGCCUCGCCGCCGACAGGGCCGCCGCACUCCGCGUCGACCUCUUCCGCUCCCACGGCAGCACCCUCGCCGGCCUCAUCGCGCUCGGCCACGACGUGCACCCCGACGAGUACCACAGCUACGUGCACGGGCGGCUGCCCUACGACAGGAUCGCCGCCGACCCGCGCCUCGCCGCGCUGCUGCAGAGCAUCCCGCAGCGCAAGAUCCUGUUCACCAACUCCGAUCGCGCGCACAUGAAGAGGGCGCUGGAGCGGCUGGGCGUGGACGAGGCCUGCUUCGACGACGUCGUCUGCUUCGAGACCAUGAACCCGCACCUCUUCGGGGAGGUGAACGGAGACGACGAUGCCGUCGCCGACCGCACCGUCGUGGUCCUGAAACCGUCCGUCGACGCCAUGGUCGCGGGCCUGCGUGCCGCCGGCACAAACCCACGUCGAACGCUCUUCCUCGACGACAACGAGAGGAACAUCGCGGCGGGGAAAGCCCUCGGCCUCCGCACAGCCCUGGUUGGCAAGAGGGCGAGGAGCAAGGAUGCGGACUACGCGCUGGAGAACAUCGGCAGCCUCCGGCGAGCGAUCCCAGAGAUCUGGGGCGGCGUCGCCGCCGCCGACGAGCUGCAGCCUGACCACAACGUGGAGAAGAACAAGAGCAUGAGGGCCGAGCUGGACGCCGUCAUCCAGCCCACGUCAAUCCAGGCCUAAUCGCGUCCUAAUCUCCAACCGGCCAGAUAACAAGAUGUCCAUAAUGCUUCACUAAUAAAGCUCCGCUAUGUAUGUAUGUAAUCAUGUAAAUUAUGUUCUGAUUCCUGAUGCUGCGUGUCUGAGUGUGCAUAUGCCUGUACCUAGCUGACAGACAAACAUAUGCACGAUUCUGAUCAGUUGUAAAGCCAAGUUUAAUCAAGUGCAGGACGAGUCAUGUGUCA